AUGGAGGCAAAGCGGCUGAAAUACACUCCGAGCACUGACUUUCCGCCGCCUGAUUGUCGGGAGGGCGAGAAGUUGUCGGCAUGGUUCCGAGAUGUUUUUGAAGCGGUUCCGAUGAAGACCCCGCAGCCUCUGACAGAUCGGCAGAAGCAGCUUCUGAGACUAUCUGCGAAGGAGUAUUGUGAAGAGCGACAAGCAUGCAGAGUCACCUGCGAGGAGUACACCACUUUGCUGGUCAGACGGGCUUCUUACUACCGCUACAUGAAUCAGUGGACCUUCCGGAGCUACGAUCUUUUCAGCGUUGCCGUGGAGCGCGCGAAAGCGUUGGACAGGAUCGCGGAGUCGAAGGGUGGUACUGCAGCUGUUGUUGACUUUCCAUCGGGCGGUGGGGUCGGCAUAUUGAGCAGCUACACCCCGGUCAAAAACAGCGCGCUGACAGAUAUGAUCUACAGUCGCAAUGGCAUCAUAUUCGGUACCACCAACGUGCCGGAGUUUGCGUGCUCUCCGAACACGGCGAACCGGGCGAGUGGCCAGUGCCGAAAUCCCUAUAACCACGCUUUCUCUCCUGGCGGUAGCUCGGGUGGAGCCGGGUCAGCAGUAAGCAUGCACAUGUGCCCUGUCGCUGUGAGCGAGGACACUGGUGGCUCCACGAGGGUCCCAGCCUUGUUUAACGGCCUCUUCGGCUUCGACCCCGCUCGCAACCAUUACCCCAACGAGGGGAAUUGCGGUAUGACAUUUACGAAUGAUCAAAUUGGAGUGCUGGGACGCAGCAUGGCAGAUCUCCUUUUCUACGAUCGGGCACUGAUGCAAGACCGCCACGACGCUGCGGAGGUCCAUGCCACCGCCGCAAAGCAGGCCGCACAGCGGGACUUGCAUGGCAUCCGGGUUGCCUGCCCUCAGUGGCCGUGGGUGAAGGGCAAGAGCCGGCAGCUAGACGGAAUAAUGCGUAAGGCCUACGAUGCGGUCAGGGCGGCUUUGAAACCGCUGACUCUCAAGGACACAGGAUGGCCCCUGGCAGAUUCUGAGCAGGGAGUGCUGUCGCUGGCAACCGACGAGAAGGCUCCCCAAUCGCUGUUUUUAACCUUUCCUGGCCAAAUUGCCCAGUUCGUCUACGACUACCUGGAUGCGCCUGUCAGCCUCAAAGAGAUUUGCGCAGACACGAUCCCCUUUGGUGCACACAAACCCACCAAGUUUUAUGAAGACAUGCCAUGCAAAAGCGAGACGGAUUAUCGCUAUGCAAUCGGGCCCUUCGUCAAGGACGAGGUCGAGCGAUACAAUUCUCUUUUCGACGCCGAGGACUUGGAUUUCAUUCUGGUUCCUGCAGCCUACAAUGCAACUCCCGAUUUAGCGCAGGCCUUGACUGGCACCAUGCCAGCCAUAGAUGCGGAAGGUCAGCCGGCUCUAUCGGACAUGCGGCAAAGCGUCCAUCCUAUAAACGAAAUCUUGAAGCAUAUCCACAUUCCAAAGCUGGCUGUGCCCACCGGCUUAAGUUCGGAUGGCCGACCUACAGGGAUUCAGCUCUGGGGGAGGGCUGUUGCUUACGAGGACAUGUUCCAGGACAAGGUUUCCUCCAGGCACAACAUCACCUUUCUCCAUUUGGCAGCUCGUGUGGUCGAGCUCAUCCAUGCCGACGCCGACCUGCGCCGGGUCACGCCGACGAUGGCCCGGGACUGUUUUACCUGA